AACUUGAAGUUUGAAAAGGGGAGAUGGCGUAGAUUUGACGUUUUGCUAAAUCAAUCAAAAAUUAACAAAAGAGAAAAUAAAUUAAGCUGUAACUGUUAUUUGUAAAAUUUUAUUUCAGUAUUGGAUCUUUAAAAAUAAUAUUUAUUUUAAUAGAAUAGAUUGAUCUUUUAUGUUAUACAAUUUAUUUAUUGAUACAUAAAUUAAUUAUAUUACCAACUUAUCACCAUGGCUGAUGAUAUUCUUUUUGAGUUGCUCCAUUCCGAAAUAAUAAAUUACUCACUUGAACAAUCUAAAGACAGCAAUGAUAAAAAGGAGACUGAUCUGUCUGUUGUGGAGUACAUUGGUUUUGCAGCUGGCUAUAAAAUAAUGGAGAGACUCACUAGAGAAUGGCCACGAUUUAAGGAUGAGUUAGAUACUAUGAAGUUCAUUUGUACAGAUUUUUGGACAUGUAUUUAUAAAAAACAGAUUGAUAAUUUACGUACUAAUCAUCAAGGAGUGUAUGUUCUACAGGAUAACGCCUUUAGAUUUCUAACAAACUUUUCUAAUGGACAUCAGUAUUUGGAAUAUGCACCCAGAUAUGUGGCCUAUACAUGUGGCCUGAUAAGAGGAGGCCUAGCAAACCUUUGCAUUAACAGUGUAGUAACUGCCGAGGUGCAAAAUAUGCCUUCUUGCAAGUUUCAUAUACAUGUCCAAAGAUCAUAAUUACCAUAACCUGUUAAAUUAUUCCACUGUAAUUUCCCUUGUUAAAUAAUAUAAAUUACAUAAUGUACCUUCAAAA